CUAUAUAAAAGGCACACGACACGAACCCACUCUCACAAUCACAACCUUAUUGUAAACUACCAAUCUACCAUAUACAACCACCGAGUGAAAAACCCAUCAACCAAUAAUGUCCUCGUCGGAAAUUGCCACGUCACCAUCACCACCUCAUACAACCAUUUCCAUUCCCUUCAAAUGGGAGGAAGCACCAGGGAAGCCUAGACACUGCCACACCCAAUCAGAGCUCAACAACAACACCGUUACAACAACAACAACCUUAGAACUUCCUCCUAGGUUGCUCUUUUUGGAUUCCAAGCUUAAUGUUCCUUCUCCUACAACUGUCUUAGAUGGGCCUUACGUGGGUCGGGCUAUGUCAUUCACUUCUUCAUAUAGAACUCCAAGGGAAAACUGGAAUUCCAAUUUUGGGUCUAGUAGGUGGAGUGGUUUAAAGAAGAUUAACAAGGAGGGAGAAGAGGGUAGUUUAGACUUUUCAGGUCAGAAUAAGGUGAAGAUCUCACGGGCUGGGGCUGGGGCUGCUGGUAAAGAUGGAAGUCCUGUUUCUAAGGCAAAAUCACAUUUGUGGGCAAGCAUUUAUGGUAGCUUCAAGCAAGUGGUCCCUUGGAGACGCAGGAAAGAAACACAGAGAAAAUGGGUUUCCAUAACCGACACUGUUUAAUUCUUUAGAUUAAUUCAUUUUACUCAUGUUUACUCACUCCUAUUUUAAACAUAACAAUAUUUAAGAAAUGAUAUGAUGUUUAGUAUCUAUAUAUAUAAAUAAAUAAAUAAUUUCUCUUAUAUAUGGUUA